AUGACUGCACAGUUAAGGGCCUCCUACCUUUUCCCCCUUCUCCUAGCUGGCUUUGUGCAGACAAAUCCCAAGCUGGAGAAGAUGAAGAUGGAUUGCUACAAAGAUGUGAAAGGCACCAUCUAUGAAUAUGACGCCCUCACUCUUGAUGGGAAGGAACACAUUUCAUUCAAGCAGUAUGUGGGCAAGCAUGUCCUUUUUGUUAAUGUGGCCACCUAUUGUGGUCUAACAGCUCAGUAUCCUGAACUGAACACACUUCAGGAGGAGCUGAAGCCCUUUGGCCUCGUUGUAUUGGGCUUUCCCUGCAAUCAAUUUGGAAAGCAAGAACCAGGUGAAAACUUGGAGAUCCUUCCGGGAUUGAAGUAUGUCCGUCCAGGGGGAGGAUAUGUACCUAAUUUCCAGCUUUUUGAGAAAGGUGAUGUGAAUGGUGAAAAAGAACAGAAGGUUUUCACCUUUUUGAAGCACUCCUGUCCUCACCCCUCUGAGCUCUUGGGAUCCUUCAAAUAUAUCUCCUGGGAGCCCAUAAAGGUACAGGACAUUCGCUGGAAUUUUGAAAAGUUCCUGGUGGGGCCUGAUGGAGUCCCUGUCAUGCGCUGGUUCCAUCGGGCUCCAGUCAGCGCAGUCAAGUCAGAUAUCCUGCUCUACCUGAAGCAGUUCAAGACUAAAUAG